GAGUGUAUCUCCAUCCAUGUGGGCCAGGCCGGGGUGCAGAUGGGCAAUGCCUGCUGGGAGCUCUACUGCCUGGAGCACAACAUCCAGCCCAAUGGCACCAUGUCCAGCAGCAAGACCUUGGGGAGUGGUGAUGACUCCUUCAACACCUUCUUCAGUGAAACAGGGGCUGGGAAGCAUGUGCCCCGGGCUGUCUUUGUGGACCUGGAGCCUGCUGUCAUAGAUGGGGUAAGAACUGGCAUUUAUAGGCAGCUCUUCCACCCUGAGCAGCUGAUAACUGGCAAGGAAGAUGCUGCUAACAACUAUGCCCGUGGCCACUACACUGUGGGGAAGGAGAUCAUCGAUCUGGUGUUGGAGCGAAUCCGAAAACUGACAGACCAGUGCACCGGGCUUCAGGGUUUCCUGAUAUUCCAUAGCUUUGGAGGUGGCACAGGCUCAGGCUUCACCUCCCUGCUGAUGGAGCGGCUUUCUGUUGACUAUGGCAAGAAGUCCAAGUUGGAAUUUGCCAUCUACCCGGCCCCUCAAGUGUCCACAGCAGUUGUGGAACCCUAUAACUCCAUCUUGACCACCCACACCACCCUGGAGCACUCAGACUGUGCCUUUAUGGUAGACAAUGAGGCCAUCUAUGAUAUCUGUCGCCGCAAUCUGGACAUUGAGCGCCCUACCUACACUAACCUCAACCGGCUCAUUGGCCAGAUUGUGUCUUCCAUCACUGCCUCCCUGCGCUUUGACGGUGCCCUUAAUGUGGACCUCACGGAGUUCCAGACCAAUCUGGUGCCCUACCCACGCAUCCACUUUCCCCUGGUGACCUACUCACCCAUCGUCUCAGCUGAGAAGGCCUACCAUGAGCAGCUCUCAGUGGCAGAAAUCACCAAUGCCUGCUUUGAACCCUCCAAUCAGAUGGUCAAGUGUGACCCACGCCAUGGCAAAUAUAUGGCCUGCUGCAUGCUCUACCGUGGAGAAGUGGUGCCCAAGGAUGUGAAUGCCGCCAUUGCCACUAUCAAGACCAAGCGCACCAUCCAGUUUGUGGACUGGUGUCCUACAGGUUUCAAGGUUGGUAUCAACUACCAGCCCCCCACAGUGGUACCUGGGGGAGACCUGGCCAAGGUGCAGCGGGCGGUCUGCAUGCUCAGCAAUACCACAGCCAUCGCUGAGGCCUGGGCCCGCCUCGACCACAAGUUUGACCUGAUGUAUGCCAAGCGGGCUUUUGUGCACUGGUAUGUGGGCGAGGGCAUGGAAGAAGGGGAGUUCUCAGAGGCUCGAGAGGACCUGGCUGCCCUGGAGAAGGAUUAUGAAGAAGUAGGCACAGAGUCUGUGGACGGCGAGGAUGAGAGUGAGGAGUUCUAG